AUGCUUAUAGGAAACGAUAACUUGUUCGUGACUGUAAUCCAGAAGAUACGAGAAGGACCCCCAGGAGCCCCCAUUGCUGCAAAGUGUCGAUUGGGUUGGUCGAUAUAUGGUGCAACGGGAAAAGGGAAAAUACAGUCCAGUUUCCACAUCGAUGAAUGUACAUGUGACCGAGAACUUCAUGACCUCGUGAAGCAACAUUUUCAAGACGAAAGUAGAAGCUGGCAAAAGGUGCACCGCCCCCUGUCGAUCGAAGAGGAGCGAGCGUAUGGAAUCUUGAAGGCCACAACGAAGCGGGUUGGGGAACGAUUUGAGACCGGACUCCUAUGGAAGUUCGACGACUUCGAGUUUCCCAAUAGUCGACCCAUGGCAGAGCGUCGACAUCAGUGUUUAGAAAGGCGUAUGAAGAAGAAUCCGGUUAUCGGCGAAAGCGUAAGAAGACAGAUGAUCGAGUACGUAGAAAAAGGAUACAUUCAUCUAGCCACAGACGAGGAGCUCGACGACAUGGACCCGAGAAGGGCAAACCGGCAACACUUCGCCUCCCGACUCGGGGUCAGUCUCAUCGCGAGUCGGCGGAGGAAGCAACCCAGGCAAAUAAAUGCUAUAACAAUUCGGGACGCUAUAGUCGAAUGUCGUUUGAGCUCCUCCCUUGCUUUAAGUUUUUUAAUCGACUCGGGAGCCGAUGUCAAUAUUAUCGGCGGUAACGACUGGUCCAUUCUCAAGAAACAGUAUCUAUCCGGUCAGGCUAAGCUUGAACCUAUAGCGAAUCCUGAUAACCGACUGCUACGAGCAUACGCAACAGCCAAUCCCAUGACUAUUAAUUGCGCUUUCAAAGCAAAAGUCGAAGUAGUCGGAGCUUCUAAACCAGUUGUGGAAGCUGAAUUUUUAGUUGUUGACGAGGGACGCCGUUCACUUCUCGGUAGAUGUACUGCUAAUGAAUUGAGACUUCUUGACAUCGGCCUAAACGUCCAUAAUUGUGAAGAGGCGGAUGAUCUCACUGUGUUCCCGAAGAUUCCGGGUGUGAGAGUGCGAUUCAGCAUCGACAAGAGUGUUCCUCCAGAAAAGAAUGCAUAUUUCAACGUCCCUGCUGCCUAUCGCGAGGCUGCUAAACGUCGUCUCGAAGAGAUGGCAGCUCGGGGCAUCAUCGAAAAAGUAACGUCAGCCCCCAGAUGGAUAAGCGGUAUGUCGGCGGUACCUAAGGGCAAAAACGACUUCCGACUAGUCGUUAAUAUGAGAGCACCGAAUAAGGCCAUAAAGCGGGAAUAUUUUCGGUUGCCCUUAGUAGAUGAAAUGCGUAUUAAACUCCACGGCGCCAAGUAUUUCACGAAAUUGGACCUUAGUAACGCGUUCUACCAUUUAGAACUUAGCAGGGAGUCACGGGACCUGACUACAUUCCUGACAGAAACCGGUAUGUUUAGAUUCACCCGUUUAAUGUUCGGAGUUAAUUGCGCGCCGGAAGUGUUCCAGCGGGAGAUGACAAGGAUCCUAGAAGGAAUAGAAAACGUUAUUAUAUACAUUGACGAUAUCCUUAUUUACUCCCCCACCUUGGAAGAAUUGCGCAAAAUAACAGCGAAAGUGUUAAAGGUGUUGCGCAUCAAUUGUCUUACUCUUAAUAAUGAUAAGUGCAUCUAUGAACAGACACGAGUCAAAUUCUUAGGACAUGAACUAGAUGAAAGAGGAUUUCACGUAGAAGAAGCGAAAAUUAAAGCUAUCCGUCAAUUCCGUGAUCCUACAACGACUUCUGAACUUAAAAGCUUCCUUGGGCUGGCAUCAUUCGUGAGCCCCCAUAUCCAAAACUUUGCAGAAAUAACGAACCCUUUGUGGGCCGCUACAGCAACCAAAAACUGGUUGUGGGGCCCCGAACAGCAGAAGGCUUUUCGACUCGUCAAGGAAAGCAUCAUAACUUCAACAACAACGUUAAGUUAUUUUUCAGAAAAUGAUAAAACGAUUUUAUAUACCGACGCCAGUCCCAACGCUCUCGGAGCUGUUCUGGUACAACAACAUAAUUCCGCUCCCCCACGUAUCAUAAGUUUUGGAUCUAAAUCUCUCACCGAAACCGAAAAAAAGUACGCCCAGAAUCAGCGCGAGGCACUUGCUACAGUGUGGGCCGUCGAACAUUUUUCCUUCUUUUUGCGAGGGCGCCACUUUACGCUUCGCACUGAUGCUCAAGGAGUAACUUUCAUUCUGAAUAGAUCCCGGGAGAACUCAAAGCGAGCACUGACAAGAGCCGAUGGAUGGGCACUUCGAUUAAGUCCAUAUAAUUACGAUGUGGAGUACAUUCGCGGCAAUGACAAUAUUGCCGACCCUUCAUCCCGCUUGUACACGGGACAUGAUGAGCCUUUUGAUGAACAACACAGCCCAUGGGAAAUAGCUACUCUAGAGUCCAACGUUUCUGGUUUCCUAACAGAAUCUGAAAUACGUACGGCAACAAAGGAAAAUGAUAUUUUACAAAAAGUAAUCGAUGCUUUAGAAACUAACAUCUGGGCAAAGGAUUUGAUUCAAUUCCAACGAGUGGCUGCUGAGUUGUCAGUCGAAGAUAAUAUGUUAGUGAGGAAUGGUUGCGUAGUUAUUCCUAAACAACUUCAACAAAAGGCGUUAGACGUGGCUCAUAGUGGCCAUCCCAUGAUAGCAAAGAUGAAAAGCAUUCUGAGGGAACGUGUCUGGUGGCCUAGUAUGAAUCAAGAUGUUCAAAACUGGAUUGAAUCUUGCCAGGAAUGUGCCACCAAUGGCAGACCGGAAAGACCGACCCCCAUGAAGAGGAAAUUCGCGCCCCAAGCGGCUUGGGACACCAUUGCAAUCGAUUUCAAUGGCCCUUAUGGAAAGCUUAGCGGUAUUUCUAUUUUGGUAGUGGUCGACUACAGAUCAAGAUUUGUCAUAGCGGCACCUGUCUCUUCCACAAGUUUCGAGCAUGCACGGCGUGUACUGGAUACGAUUUUUGACCGAGAAGGAUUUCCGAAGUGCAUCAGAUCUGAUAAUGGCCCACCUUUCAACAGUGAGCAGUAUAAAAAAUAUUGUUCAGACCGCGGCAUCCAUGCAUCCUUUUCUACGCCACUGUUUCCCCAGCAGAAUGGCCUUGUUGAGGGGUACAUGAAACUGGUGAACAAAGCUAUGGCCACGGCUAUCAGUACUGGGUCCGACUACAAAGAGGCACUGAAGGCUGCAGUUAACGCUCACAAUGCUGCGGCUCAUUCCAUUACUGGUUUCCCUCCGGAAGAAAUUAUGUAUGGUCGGAAGAUAAAACGUAACCUUCCUCUUUUGCAUUACGGUAAAACAUUUCAUGAUGAAAACUUACUCAGCCUUAAAGACAGGCAGUCUAAGCUUAAAGGAAAGGCACUAGAAGAUGCUCGGCGAGGCGCACGAAUUUGCCGAAUAAAGCCAGGCGACGAUGUGAUAAUAAAGCGCACGGCUCCCGCUAAAGGUGAUUCUAAAUUUCUUCCAUAA